ACAAGAGAGCUUAGCUGUCAGAGGACAAAGUACCGUCGAUGAAGAGUUUAGCUGAUAGUGAAUCUGAUGUGUAAUUUUUUUUUCUCGUCAAUUUGCAAAAGUGGUUUUUCCAUCAAUCUCGUUUUUUGUUCGGUUCAAUUAUACCACAGGAGACGUAACACUGUCGGGUGAAAUUGUACGCCAUAAUUAACAGGAGGAAAACAUGAUUCAGUGAUGCAACGGCGGCAACGCAUCAAUGUGUCCAAUAGUGGAAAGCGCAAUGCUACAAACAGCUCAUCGUGAAUUGAGUUGAUUAUAGAUGUGAGCUGUUAUCUUUUAGUGUGAUAAUGAGAAUCGAAACGAAAAAAUCUCAAAGUAAACUAGUGCAUCCUACUUUUUGCGUAUGGAGACUCACUGUUAACGACAAAUUGUUGCACUACAGGCUGUUGUAUUGAACGAGAAGAGAAGGAAGAGAAAACAAAGUUGUCUCAACAAUGGGGGCAAAAGAUUCAAAACCAUCAUGUAUCAACUAUGAGGAUGCAGUUAAAAGAGUAACGGACUCUGAGCUGCGGAGAAUCAAGGAUGCCUUCAAACGUUCGGCGGGCACCAGUGGGACUGUUCUCAGCAAAAGUGCUUUUGUGCAGGAUGUCCUCGGCGAUGGAGUGCCGACCGUGGUGGCCGACUGGCUUUAUACGGCUUGUGGUGGUACAACGAAGGGAAUCGCUUUCAAGGAGCUGCUGUGUGGGCUGGUGCUCCUGACGAAAGGAACACCGGAGGAGAAAAUAAGAUUUCUCUGGACGCUGUAUUGCAACGAAUCCGGAACGCACAUCCUGAAGCAAGAUUUCCAGAAGGCCAUACAAAUUGAAACGACUUACCAAACUAGCAACGUUCUAAGUUCUACCACUGCUGGUGGGAACAGCAACAGCGCCAACCUAAGUUGCACCAAUAGCCACAAUCAUUUCCUAGCCGGUAAGAGUAACAGUUUACCGAAGCACACGGUUGCACUGUUCGGCCCAAACGAUCGGGUUAGCUUCGAACAGUUUAAGUCAUGGAUCCAAAGCAACAAGAGCGCAACGAUACUGUCGAAGUGGCUGCUCCUGGACGCAUGUGUGAAUCUAAGCUCCGAGCUGGAGACACCAACCUUCUAUCAGAGUCUUGCGGGUGUAACGCAUUUGGAGGAGCAGGACAUAGGGGAUUUGGAGAAAGUGUUCUGGUUGUUGAAAGGACUCGCUGCCACCGGACAGCUGGAUCUGGAAUCUCUUGGACCGUUGAUCAGUCCGCCUGUGCCAAAGGCUGCACUCGGAGGAGUUUUCUUGGCAUUCGAUGAGAAUCAUGAUGGCCACAUUGAUUUUAAGGAGCUGUGCUGUGGAGUCAGCGCUGCCUGUCGUGGUCCCAACGUCGAGCGGAGCAAAUUCUGCUUCAAAGUGUUCGAUAUUGACCGCGAUGGUGCGUUAAAUUUCGUUGAAAUUGUAAGCAUGGUUGAUAUUUUGUUGUUUGUUGCCAAAGAAACAAAUGCUAUCUGCUAUAAGAAUAUUACCAGCAAACAGGUGAUGGAGGAACUUUAUAGGCGAGCUACGGAUGUUAGUAAAGAAUAUGUUGAAUGUGAUAACAGUCGGCAAGUACCCGAUCCGAUUCCUGAGUUCAGGUUUACCCACGAAGACUUUCUCAUCUGGAGUAUCGAGAGCACCACGAAUCUUGUUCAACCAUUUCUGGAUUUGCUCUUCGAGGUCUGUCACAUUGUGCUGGGGCUGAGACCACAGUGCAAGCAUUUAGAAGGGGAUAUAAUUCGAGGAUGGUUGGCACGGGAGGUGAGGAGAGGUUAUAAAGUUGGUCAAUUCUGGUACUUGAUAUCCUCGGAAUGGUGGCAACACUGGUCACAUUACACCCAACCUUUGGUGAAUUCCUCGUGUGUACACUGCAGGAUGGCAUCCAGUUACGCAAACAGUCGAAAUAGUGCAAUAGCGACAAUCGCCGGGGUAGAUGAAGCAAUGAUUUGCGAUGAAAGUUUCACCUCCAAUUCGACAGAAAGUAUGGGAGAUCUCCUCAACACAGGAGAUUCUUCUAGCUUAGGGUCGGGAAGCAGUGGCAUUUCAUGUGGAAGACAACUUGGAGGUCCCCCCGGUGUUAUUGACAAUAAUAAUCUUAUUGCACCUGUUUUAUUUAAACAACAAAUACCCACCCUAACCGGCGAAGGAGGUCGACUGAAACGAGAUUUAACAUUGGCUCAGCAUAGAGAUUUUGAAUUAGUUCCAGAUUCACUCUGGAAAGCGCUGGCCCAAUGGUAUGGUGGUCCACUGCCUUUACCGAGGCAGGUGAUUCAGCCUCCUAGCACCGAUGAUGUGGAGUUGGAAUUAUAUCCGCUCAAUCUACGAAUUUUGCGCCACCAGAUUCCUCCUGCCCAGAAUCAACAGCAGUCGAACAGUGCAUGGGGAAGCAUUUCUGGUGGAUACGGUGCUUUGACUACCGGAAAUUAUCCUACCGUGUCGGUACCAUCAGUUUUGCAACCUCCAAAAAAGUAUCUCGCUUAUACAGCAGCGUUCAGCAGACUUGCAACCGUUAGACAAGUGGCGGAGUUUCUAUGUCAAAGACUAAAACUUCGAGUGGAGGAUAUUCGGUUAUGGCAUCUAGUAUCAACGCCUGUAGGAGUCACUGAGUUUCCUUAUCUGUUAGAGGAUGACAACUUCACUCUUCAAGAGCUAUCAAUCGCUGAUAAUGAUCAGAUUCUGUUGGAAAUCCGCAACAAGGAUCUAACCUGGCCUGAAGAACUCGGCUCGUUGAGUUUAGCCCAUGGUAAUAGUUAUAGCAAUACUGAACGCAGGGGUACAAUUGCGUCAAUUCAAUCACAGCACCCUCCUGGGGCCACUGGUUUGCACAAUCUUGGCAAUACUUGCUUCAUGAAUGCCGCGUUGCAAGUACUAUUCAACACACAGCCACUGACACAGUACUUCAUAAAACGGAUGCAUCUUUACGAACUAAACCUCACCAACAAGCUUGGUACCAAAGGCCAACUAGCGAUGCGUUAUGCAGAGUUGCUGCGCGAAGUUUGGACCGCUUCUCAACGGUCUAUUGCCCCGUUGAAGCUUCGUUUUUGCGUUACGAAACAUGCUCCGCAGUUUUCUGGUGGAGGUCAGCACGACUCGCAAGAACUCCUUGACUGGUUGCUAGAUUCGCUACACGAAGAUUUAAAUCGAGUGAUGGAAAAACCAUACAGCGAAUUGAAGGACUCCGAUGGGAGGGCGGACGUUGUGGUCGCUGCGGAGGCUUGGUCGCAACAUCAUGCGAGAAAUCAAAGUAUUAUAGUUGAUCUGUUCUACGGACAACUGAAGUCGAAAGUUACCUGUACGGGUUGUGGUCGAGAUUCGGUUCGGUUUGAUCCUUUCAGUUUGCUCAGUUUGCCUCUUCCAGUGGAGAAUUACACAUACUGUGAAGUGUUGGUAACUUUGCUGGACGGCUCCGUCCCAGUGAAAUACGGUCUCAGACUUAACUCAGAAAUGAAGUACUGGGACUUGAAGAAACAAUUGAGUGAGUUAUGCAAUCUGGAUCCAGAGCUAAUGCUGAUAUGUGAACUGUCCAGCUCCCAAAUCCGCUGUGUUCUGCCGAAUGAUCAGAAAAUUAAACCGAAUACAGCAGUUGAGCUGUACGUGUAUGAAAUGCCUAAACUCGAUAAUGCUCUCGUACGUUCCCGAGCCGGCUCCGAGUUGGCAAUCAACAUUGAGAAGGGCCUCAAGGACAUCCAGCGAACGCCAGCUCUUCUACUACCAUCACUAGAGUCCAACCAGCUGACAUCAACCUCAGUUAAUACGACGAUUUCGUCCUCAUCGUCAUCGUCUACCACCGUUGACGACACUGUCGCUAUCACCGGUGGUCGCAAGCACGGAGUCGGCGAUGGAUCAUCGAAGGGGGGACCAGGUCCCAACGGAACGAGGGCGGUAAGCAUUGGCAUCAACAAUCCUAAUAACCGUAGAAUAUCCGGAACAUCGGCAUCGAAGGUAAGCCGAUGCUUUGGCAACACACUCUGCAUGCCCCCGAAUAUGUUGUGCUUCAAGCAUAUUCCGGAGAUCAGUGCCAGUCCCGAUAGUACUUUCAUCUUCAACGAAAACGGUGCUGCUUCAUUCUCUGUUAGCGCACAUUAUAAGGAUCCAACCCCCAAAACAAUAUCGACAGUUAACUUAUUGAACAAUGUCGAUAUCAGCUGGAACUCUUCUGCUGGUGGUAAUUCGAUUGGGCACGAAGAAACUCCGGGUGAGCUUCCGUGCAAUGAUUGUGAUAUUAUGUAUAACGGUCAUGUUACCGCGAGUGAGAACGGACCGUUCCCGUAUGUGGAUGGGAAUGCAGUACAUAACAUACGACACCAGCAUCACGACGAUUCGUUCAAUCUAAGUGCAAUUAAACGACCUCCAAGUGCGGGAAGUAGCAGCACAAGUGGAGUGUACCUUCAACCAAAAAGCAAUUAUUUGAUAGCAGUUCACAGGAAACUCAGCAGACAGGAUACAUAUUUUCUCUCGCACCACAAAUCUCGUCCGGGACUAUUCGGUGUACCACUGCUUAUUCCUUGCUACGAUGGAGUGACCAACAAGGAAUUAUACUGUUCCGUUUGGCUACAGGUGGCACGAUUAUUAAGUCCGCUACCACCGACUCCUCCGGAUCAAUCGAACCAUGCUACUGACUGUGAUGAUAGCUUAGGGUAUGACUUUCCAUUCACCUUGCGUGCCGUGGCCAGUGGAGGAAGGGUUUGUGCACUUUGUCCUUGGUCGCGGUUUUGUCGUGGCUGUGAAAUCCGAUGCAACGAUGAGCUUCUAUUCCAAGGUUUGAUCUAUUCUAGACUUUCAUCAAGUAAUAGUUCCACCCCGAACUUAUCGUCUAGGGAACAAACACCAACAUUCCGCCGUAAAACAUAUGGAAGCUCCACAACAUCCUCAAUUGAUGGCCCACAGUCAUCUCCAACGCCAUCGUCACGAUCUAUAAGCACCAAUAACAUUCAAAUUGCCAUUGAUUGGGAUCCAACAGCACUGCAUUUGCGGUAUCAAAGUACACGGGAGCGGCUGUGGACGGAGCAUGAGUCUGUUGCGAUCUGCCGGAAACAACAGAUCGAACCAGUAGACCUGGAUCAUUGCUUACGGGCGUUCACCUCAGAGGAAAAACUAGAGCAAUGGUACUACUGUUCGCAUUGUAAGCAGAAAAAGCCGGCUACCAAGAAACUGCAAAUCUGGAAAUUGCCUCCAAUACUGAUCGUUCAUUUGAAGCGGUUUAACUAUGUUAACAAUAAGUGGGUCAAAUCACAGAAGGUGGUCAAUUUCCCGUACGAAAACUUCGAUCCCACCUCGUACCUAGCUUCAGUUCCACAGGAAACAAUCCUUCGAUACAAAGAGCUGCUAGAAGGCGGCGGAGUUCAUCGAGCCAGUGACGGUUAUAACAAUCACGAUUGUCACGAUGAAAUUGUUGAGUUCGAUCGGGAAAUGUCUAUGAUCGAUGAGGGAAGUGAUGAGGUUUCGAUUUCCUCGAUUAUAGGUACAAUUGUGCAGGACAAUCCUAAUCCGAUCGAUGAGAGUAGACGGGACAGUUCAGCUGAACAAGAACGAAUAAAUGAGAGUAAAACGAGCGAGUUCAAUAGUAUUACGCCAGCUGUUGUUGGGACACAUCCAGUGAUUUGUGUAAGACAAGACGGAUCUGCACAUGAAGAAAGUCCUGUGAAAUCGAAAAGUCGUACAAGUGCAAUAUCGAAGGGCCAACGAAAACGCCUAGUUUCGUCGAGUUUAACGAAAACACCUGUGAUCGAUGGACAUUUUACCGAUUUUCAUAAUCACCACCUUAAACCCGAGCAAGAUUCUUUUGAUCUGAAGUACCAACUCUACGCUGCGGUGUGUCACUCAGGAAUGCUCAAUGGUGGUCAUUACAUCUCGUAUGCGGCCAAUCCGAAUGGCUCGUGGUAUUGCUAUAAUGACAGUUCCUGUCGGGAAAUUCCAACGCGACCAAAGAUCGAUCCCAGUACGGCGUACCUGUUGUUCUACGAGAGGCGUGAUCUUAACUAUGAUCCAUAUCUGCCAAACGUGGAAGGAAAGCAAAUUCCGACUGAACACUUGGCUGAAUUCGAAGACAGCGAAAACGAACUCAAAAAGAUGUGUACACUUAUGUAGAAAAUGGCCCCUGCACUGGCUAACGCUAUGCGAGAUUUGCGUAAUGUUCCGAUAGGGAAGCUGUUGACACUACCGUUGACUUUUGUUAACAUCGAACUCAAGUUGGACUGAGUACGACGGAAGGAUGUUUCUCGGCAAUUAACUCGGGGCUACACAUCCUUCAUUUCGGCGCUUCUACUUUUUAUGUAUUAUAUAGUCGGAUAAGGAUAAUAAGCUUUGGAAAAUAUUUUUCCCUAUAAAAUUAAUGCUAUUUGCCUGCAUCAAAUACCAGUCAAUAUUUUACACCACUUGUGAGAAAUGAAGCACGGAUCGAUUCAUGAGAACCAACAAGUAAAAUGGAAAUGUAAGCUGGCUCAAACUAUUACCAACAAAUUCGCUAAUGUAUCAUUUUUGUUAAACUUUUUAGUAAAUUCAGCUUUAUUAAGAUAGGCGCUUGUGUGUAGGUAAAUCAAUUAACAAAUAUAUAGUUAGUCCGAUCAAUAGUCUUUCGAACCGGACAGAAUGCAUUCCAGCACGGAAGAACAGUAACAUUCGUCUGUUGAAAGUAAAAAUUACGAAAGUAAUGCGAAAUUUAGAUAAUGAUAUUUGGUGUGAUGCAUUUAAAAAAAAAUUCCGCUGGCGUAGUCAUGAUUGAUUGUCUAAUUUGAUAUUAAUUUUUUUUUUAACAAUAUUAUAUGUGCGAUAAGGCAAUUGUUAUUCCCGUGCAACAUUGUUACUUUAAAAAAAAAAAAACUUUAUGUGGUAUAUACAUACAGUAACACGAACUGUGAAUAAUUUUACGAAUCACGAAUCGGGAGGAAAAGAAGCGGUAUAUUUCACAUGGAGAUGUAAUUUAAACCGAAUUGUUAUUCAAUGUUUAUUUCUUUUUGUUAUGUCGUUACUAUACAGAUCAGGUGAUGAUACAAAUCAAAAUUAUUUUUGUUACUGUCAAUUCUAUUUUUGUUAUCUCUCAAACGUGACUUGAUUGCAGCAAUAUCUAAUAUUGACUACUACUACAUCAAAGUAAAGCUGAACGAAUCAGAAAAA